GCCCCGGCGCGCCCCCGCUCUUUCGCCGCCGCUCCCGCGCCUCUAUUCGGCUCCGCCGAGCGCUAUCAGCGCGCCCCGCCGCCGCCGCCGCCGCCGCCCUGUAGAGACCCGCCGUCCGCUGAGGAAGCGAGACCGCGACAGCCGGGAGCACGGGAGAGGGAAGGAUCCUCCCCUCCGCCGCCAACCCUCUUCCUCCUCCUCCUCCUCCCCCGCCUCCGCCUCCGCCUCCCGGCCGGGAAGAGCUCGCCGUGCCCGCAGCAGCCCCGCUGGAUGCACUGAGCGCUCGGGCGCGGGGAGAGGGGCAGGAGGGAGCCGGGAGCCCCGCCGCGGAGCCGCUGCGCUGCCCGGAGGCUCACGGCCAUCUGCUUUAAUUCUUUGACUCCGCGGCCCACCCCCCCGCCCGCCGGUGGCUGGCUUUGCCCCUGCCUCUCCUCUGAGCCCGCGGGAGCCAGCCGAGGCGGCGGCGGGGGCUGUAUUUUUUAGUAUUUUUUAUCCCCCUCCCCCUUUUUUUUUUUUUUUACAUUUUUAAUUGUUUUUUUUUUAAAAAAACCCACCAUUUUUCGUCGCCGCCAUGGGAUGUACCCUGAGCGCCGAGGAAAGAGCCGCCCUGGAGCGGAGCAAGGCCAUCGAAAAGAACCUGAAGGAGGACGGGAUCAGCGCCGCCAAAGACGUGAAACUCCUCCUGCUCGGGGCCGGAGAGUCGGGGAAAAGCACCAUCGUGAAGCAAAUGAAGAUCAUCCAUGAGGAUGGCUUCUCUGGAGAAGAUGUGAAGCAGUACAAGCCAGUGGUCUACAGCAACACUAUACAGUCGCUGGCAGCUAUUGUACGUGCCAUGGAUACCUUGGGCAUCGAGUACGGUGAUAAGGAGCGACGGGCUGAUGCCAAGAUGGUGUGUGAUGUCGUCAGUCGGAUGGAGGACACAGAGCCCUUCUCCCCAGAGCUGCUCUCAGCUAUGAUGAGGCUCUGGGCAGACUCUGGCAUCCAGGAAUGCUUCAACCGCUCCAGGGAAUAUCAACUCAACGACUCAGCCCAGUACUACCUAGACAGCCUAGAUCGGAUUGGAGCUGCAGACUACCAGCCCACGGAGCAGGACAUCCUCCGGACCAGGGUCAAAACAACUGGCAUCGUAGAAACCCACUUCACAUUCAAAAACCUCCACUUCAGGCUCUUUGAUGUGGGGGGCCAGCGGUCAGAACGCAAGAAGUGGAUCCACUGCUUCGAGGACGUCACAGCCAUCAUCUUCUGCGUCGCGCUGAGCGGCUACGACCAGGUGCUGCACGAAGACGAGACCACGAACCGCAUGCACGAGUCGCUGAAGCUUUUUGACAGCAUCUGCAACAACAAGUGGUUCACAGACACAUCUAUCAUCCUCUUCCUAAACAAGAAGGACAUAUUUGAGGAGAAAAUUAAGAAAUCUCCACUGACUAUCUGCUUUCCUGAGUAUACAGGCCCCAACUCUUUCACGGAGGCGGUGGCCUACAUCCAGGCUCAGUAUGAGAGCAAGAACAAGUCCCCCAACAAGGAGAUCUACACACACAUCACCUGUGCCACCGACACCAACAACAUCCAGUUCGUGUUCGACGCCGUCACGGACGUCAUCAUCGCCAACAACCUGCGCGGCUGCGGCCUGUACUGACCGCGGCCCGGCCCGGCCUCACACGCGCCUCCUCUCCCUUGCUUUGGGUUGGUCGGUUUUGUUUGUUUCCUCCUCAAGAAGAUGAUUGAGGAAGACAUAGGUAACCCCCUCCCUGCGGUCCCAGGGCAGCUGGCAGCGAGGCCUGCGGUGCCCAGCCCCCUGUGGCGGCGUUUGGGUUGGAGGCGGCUCCUUCCCUCGCCGCUCGCUCGCGGGGCACAGGGAGCUCGCGCUCUCCCCACCAAGUGCAUUUCAGCUGCCAAAAGACAAAAAUCCUUCAGUUUCAAAGGAAUCAAAGCCUUAAAGCACUGAUCAGUGCAGUUUGGAACUGAACCUGGUGGCCUUUUGUUUCCUCCCCUUGAGCUUAAGGGGUGUUAGUUCUGCUUCUUUCCCUUGGCUGUUUAGGCACCGUUCCUUUGGGGAGCGCUCCUUGCAACGUCGUGAUCUUGAGGGUACCUUAAGGCUCCAGUUCCUACCCCAAAACCAGAGGGGUCCAUGUCAAAUGCAGCCAGCACAGCUUGGAUUUCUAUAUUCUCCUUUCUGUUGCCCCAGACAGCUCUUUGAACAACUCAAACAGCCAGGUCAGGUUCUGCUGGUGCCUCAGACACAGUAACAAACCCUGCUAAGGCUUCUCCAAAAGCAUCCUUCCCAGUAACAGCUUCACCUCUGGCCGUUUCCAAACCAGUGCUGGAACUGGCCGAGUGGUUUCAGUAACCCCCGUUUCUUUGGGCCUCUGCUGGGCUGAGUGGGCUGGUGAGGGAUGUCCUGGUGGGACCCUGCACCCGGGGUUGUGCUGGGGAGGACACCAGCAGCCUUUCCCACAGCAGCUCCCAACGUGGGUGACUCCAGCACGACCCACAGCCCUGCAGACGUGCAGCACCUCUCCUUAAACUCCCUGAAACGCUGGGCUGCACCAGAAAUGGUUAGUCCUGGCUUGUGGUAGGCAGAGGCUCACCUUCAAGGAGCUGAAGGAGUGCUUUGGGAAGACUCCCCGUGUCAGGGUGGCAAGCCACAUAGUUCCUUACCCCACCUUGAGCAUCUAAAUACCCUAGAGAAACCUGGCCUUGCUCUCUGAGCCUCCUGGCUGAGCAGGAGGAGGGAAGCCUGCCUGUGUCACCUCCAGACAGCUCCAGCUCUGGUGUCUGCAGUCAGGGUGUCUCUUUUCCAGUAGCUAAAGGGAAAGAAGUGGUUUAUACUGGCUGUGUAGUGGUGAGGGAAGGCUCAGGGAGCUGAUUUGAGCCAAGUGAUGGAGGAGGAAGGAAAAGUGCAAGGAAGAGAGAGAAGGGAGGAAGGAAGAGGCAGGGGGGAAGAUGCAGAAGAGGCAGAGCCCAGUACAGCAAAACGUGAGGGCACAGAGGGGAGGACAAAAUGUGUGUGGGCUAGGGGACAUGGCCAUCAGUCUGUCAUCAAGGCUGAUGCCAUCAGGGCAGAGGGAAGUGUGAGAGGUGGGCUGUGAGCCCUGGGACCACAGAGGGACCCUUGGAAGUCACCCCAAAAGCUUGUUUGGGGUCUGAGACAGCCACCUCUGAGGUCUCCCUUGGCCUGGCACCUGGGGACAGGUAUAUGCAGCCCUGAUCCCUGCCCCUCUUCAAAGUCCAUGAGCCUGGAAAAACCUGAGUCUUUCCAGGCCAGCCACAAGGCCAGCUGUGUUCUCCCAGGUCCCAGGUGGUCUCCAGUACCAUGCCUGAGAGGGGUGAUGUCUCUUUUCUCACCUUGCCUACUGUCGAGGAGAGAUGGUGGGGGAGCAGCCCCAAGGCCAGGGAGCAGCAGUGUGUGGGAGGCAGGGAAGGGAGCAGGUAUGGUGGAGAGGACUGGCAGGGGAGGUCAGUUUGGGAAUGAAUUUGCUAAAGGAAGAUGAUGUGGGCUGAGGCAGCAGGGAGGACACAAUAUGACCUGAGAGCCAGAGGAGAGUCCCCAUCAGAGGCUGGGACAGUGCUCAUGGGGCAGCCAUGACACAAGCCCAGCCAGGGACGUGAGCAGCAGCACUGUGGAGGAGGACAAAGGGGCUGUCACCCAUGGAACCAGCUCACAGCCUGGCAUGGUGAGCAGCUGUGUCAGUACCCCCCCCACAGCAUUAAAUAAGUCUGUAGUUAGGAUUGCCCAGUGAGGACCCACAGCUGCUCUGCACUGAGGCCAGACCUCUGCCUCUCCUGCUCUCCCCACCUUUCUCUUUGCCUUACAGCACCUCUGGUGGCAUUGGCUCCUGCAGAGCAAAGCUCCUCUCUGCACAUUUCACCCACACAUCCUGGGUUUGCCACAUCCCAGCCCCUCUCCCAGCUCCAUCUAACACCCCACACUGCUGUACAGCCAGAAAGCAAAGGAUCACUGAGGGCAAGGCCCUGUGUUGGGUUUAGCUGAGGGUUCUGAGAGUCAAUGGGAAGGGUUUCCAAAGAAAGGAUUCCUGAUGGGAAGCACCUGCCCAGGUCUCUGGGAGGAACCAGCUGAUGGUACUGGAAUGGGGCAGGGAACUGGCUGGAGGGAGGCAGAGAGAUGGGGCUGCUGCUGGAGCUCAUCCCACUAGUAACAGCCACGUCCAGGCAUGAGCUGGGUGUCACAGUGAGGGCUCAGGAGCUGAAGGUGAGGGACAUUCAGAACCUCAGGUGUUUGGAACUGCUGGGCCCAGCAUGCCAUCAGUCAGGGAGGGCUUAUGCUGAGCUCUGCCACAGGAGUUUCAUCCUUUUCAUUCAUUUUUAUCCUCCCCCUCUGCUCUGCCCUGCUGAGGCCUCAGCUGGAGUCCUGUGGCCAGUGCUGGGCUCCCCAGCUCCAGACA